AUGGCGGACCGAUUCCCGUCUCUGGACGACUUCGAUUCGGGAGCCCAGACCGAUAUCAAGGAGGAAGGCUCCCCUUCUGCCGAUGACUUCCUUGCCCGCGAACGAGCCCUCCUCGGCGACGAUGCGACGCAAUUCGCUACCGGUACCGAGUCCGCUGCUCUAACCGAUCCCGCAUCAGACGACCUGCUUGGAGGUGACGACGGCGCCGAAAGCACACAAUUCCAGAGCCAAUUUCCCGACAUCGGCUCCCCCAAUGAGCAAGGUGCGCCCGGAGGCGGCAUUACCGGCCCCUCGGUCAACUACAACUCUGGCUACAACGCAUUCGCAACCGAGGAGGAGGAGCUGGAGCCUGAGGUCAUUCAGCAAUGGCGCGCGAAGCGAGAUGCCGGCAACGCCAAGCGAGCCGAGCAGUUCGCCGCCCAGAAGGCCGAGACGGUGAAGGAGGCUCAGCAGAACAUCGACGACUUCUACGAGAACUACAACAGCAAGAAGGAGAAGACCAUCGCCCAGACCCAGAAAGACGCCGAGCAGUUCCUGGCGAGCCGUGACGACACAACAUCCGGAGGUACCAGCUGGGAGCGCAUUGCCAAACUGGUGGACGUGAGUGGCAAGGGCCAGAAGGGCGGUGCUAGUGGAUCAGGCAAGGAGCGGUUCCGUGAGCUGCUGAUGAGCCUGCGGAAGGAUGAGAAGGCUCCCGGAGCGGAAGGAUACUGA